AUGACUUCAGAUAACACGAGCGAUUUUGCAGCCCAGCUAGCAGCACUAAAUGCGAGGAUGGAGGAACAAGCCGCUCGGUCGAAUCUACUCGUGGAGGAAAAUGCCAAGAUAAGAGCCAAUAAUGCAUCCGUGUGUACGGAAAAUGCCGCUCUCCACGAAAAGGUAGAACAACUGAUGACCCACCUAUCCACUCCAGUGCGGACUUCCCAUGUUCGCUUCCACGAGGUCAUAGGCCCAAUGUCCUCGCUCGACACACCAGCUGAAGCAUCCAACCGACAAAAUCUUCCUCAAUCGGAGGAUGGAUGUCCUCCUUUAUCCACCGCUCCACCACCUCCUCUUCGUUCGAUAACAGCUCCGACCGACCAUCACAUCUCUACUUCUGGAGUGGGGAUAGCCUUCCCAAACAACCAAUCCACACAAUCGAGCGACUCUGAGAGGUUGGCUUUCGUAGAAUCCAUCCUACGCCGACUCCCAGGAGUCCCAACACCGAUCAGGAAAAGUCAACCCAACAGUUACUGUGAUUCCCCCUUUGUGGACCACAUCUCACUCGUGGAGAUGCCGCGAAAGUUCCAUUUUCCAAAUAUGAGAUCCUUCGAUGGGACGACCGACCCAGAUGAUCAUAUCGCCCAGUACCGUCAAAGGAUGAUGACAACUACCGUACCCAAAGAGUCUCGAAAAGCCUGUAUGUGCAAAGGCUUCGGAUGCUGUCUUACUGGUCCUGCCCUCCAGUGGUUUAUUAACUUGCCAAACAACUCCAUCUCCUCCUUCGCACAAUUGACUGACCUCUUUGUCGAGCAAUUUGCUAGUAGUCGUCGACUGCCAAAAACGUCUGACGAUCUUUAUAAAAUCAAACGUGGGUCGGCCGAAUCACUUCGCUCAUACAUUGGUCGCUUCUUAGCGGAGAAAGUAUUGAUCACCAAUUGUAACAUAGAAACAGCUAUCACGGCUUUUAAGAAGGGGCUCCUACCGUUCGACGAGUUAUACAAAGAGCUGACAAAGUUCCCUUGCACCAACAUGGAGGAUGUAUUGGCUCGAGCAUGGGCCCAAGUCAAGUGGGAAGAAGAUGAAUGCAACCAAGUUAUCCUUCCAUCACAGGCAUGUCGAACGGAUGAUAAUCAGCGUCCGGAUCACAAACCACGUAGCCAGGGGCGUUCAAGGGAUGACAAAAGGCCAUAUGAUAGGUCUCGAUCGACAGAGCAACGUUUUCAUAAACCGGAAUAUUCGUACAACAUUGAACCGACUGAGCUGGUAUCUGUGCUUAAAAAGAUGGGCGAUAAAGUGAAAUGGCCUGACAAAAUGAGAGCUCCGACGGAUCGCCGCGACAACACUAAGUGGUGUGAAUUCCAUCAUGACCAUGGCCAUAUCACCCGACAUUGUCGGGCACUGCACGAUGAGGUAGCUGAGCUACUCAAUCAGGGGCACUUAAAAGAUCUCCUUACUGACAAAGGGAAGGAAACUUUGGCAAAGAGGACAAACCGAGAUUUGACACCACCUCAGCGACCUGAAACUAAGGGGUCGAUCGGCGUCAUUUUUGGAGGAUCAGAAAUUAGCGGUAUAUCCCAGAACUCCGCUCGACGGACGCAAGCAUCACCCUAUCCGGCCAAGUUGUUAGCUUCAUCGACAACGAGGCCACACGACUGCUACACCCGCAUCAUGACGCGCUGCUCGACGAAUGUACUAUUCCUGAACUGUCUAAAAGCAAUGGGGAUCGAUGAAUCAUAUAUCAUAGGUCGGCCAACAGCAUUGCUUGGGUUCAGUGGUGAGCAAGUUUAUAGUCUUGGAGAGAUUGUUCUACCGGUUUAUGCUGAGGGGGUGAACUUAAACACGGUGUUUGUUGUCCUCAAAAGUCCACCCCCCUACAACAUCAUUCUCGGUCGACCGUGGAUUCAUGAACUGAAAGCAGUCCCCUCCACGUAUCAUCAGCUGAUCAGGUUUCCAACCAAGUGGGGAGUAAAGGAAAUCAAAGGAGAGCAACUUGCGUCACGGAGUUGUUACACCACUGCAAUGAAAAAGAAAUCGAAAGACUUAUAG